AUGUGUGAUGUUAACGAUCCCCGAAUUCUCAAUGCGUACAUUGCCAUUACAGAAGAAGAGCCUACUGAUUGCGAAUUCCGAGAGCAUAUUACAAACGAAAUCUUGUUCGGUUUUGUCAGGGUCGAUGAUCGAUUUAUUCUAAUCACUUAUGUACCUGAUAGUGUCAGUGGUGUCAGAAGAGCGAGAGCACUUGUUCAUAGUAGAUCUGUUGCUAGCAUAUUAGAAUUGUCUCAUGCACAAUUUACAGCAUCUUCCUUAUCCGACAUGAGUGACGCAAAUAUUAGAACCCGUCUUAAGCUUGGACAGAACCAAGUUCCGAAUAGACCUAGACCUACUUCCAUGAAUUCAAAGAGAGCUUCUACCGUGACCCGAAGAAGAAAAUCAAACCAAUAUUCCCCUUCUCCUUCGCCUUCUCCAAUGUCCGAAAGAAAUUUAAGAAUCCUCACUACCGACGAACCUUUUUCAUAUGACGAUGACAGAAUGACUGCUACACCCACUCCUUCUUCCCCUACAUCGGUUGCCUCUUCCUUUGCCGAAUCCUCUAUCUCUACUCUAGUGGACCAUUUAGACUUAGAUGAUAAGAACAAAGACGCUACAGAAGCUAUGCUCCAAUUACAGCUUGCCAAAAAGAAGGAAUUAGAAGAAGCAAGGUUCCGUCAAUUCCAAAGAGACCAACAAGAAGAAAGAUUCAAACGAGAUCAAGCCAUCAAGAAAUUUGAACAAGAAGAAAAGCAAAAGCAACAGCUUCAACAACAAAAACCUGCCUUCUUAUUAAAGAAAGAGCUGACAACCAAAAAGACCUUCACCUUUCCAAAGGCCGAAGAGAAGAAAUCGGGUAUCUUUCCUCAGGUUGUCUUGAGAAAAGUUACGCCUGGUGUAAACAAUUAUAACAAGGAUGAAGUAAAAAAAGAUGUUUUAAUGGUAGGAUUUGCGUCUGUGCAGACUAAAAGUAGUCCGUUUUGGAGACGCAGACAUUUCGUCAUUGAAGAUAAGCGUGUAUCAUUUUACAAGGAUGAGAUGGCAAAAGUACCAAUUUCCGAAAUCAAUUUGUUGACUGUAACACGAUUAGCGCCAGCAAAUGAGGAUGAAGAUACCUAUGUACCAAAUUCAUUUGUAAUUGAUACUCAAACAGGUGAUUCAUAUCAAAUAUUCGCAGAUGACAAAAGAAUCGUAAAGCAAAUGUAUGCUAUCAUUCAAUCAUCUUUGUAA